GGGCCGGAUCGGUAGCAGUCGCACGUACUCCAGCGAGUAGCGUAGGCGUAGCGACCACCACCAGACCAGCAGCAGUGCACAGCACCGGGCAGCCGAGCCGAGCCGGGGCGUGUGCCCGCGUGAGGAGGAGAAACCAAAGCAGGCGUCCGUGCCCCAUCCCCUCCCUCCCUCCCCCUUCCGCUUCCCCACCCAGGCAGAGGCAGAGGCAGAGGCAGGCCAGGGGGCCGAGGGAGCCCAAACAAAAACCACCAAGGGGAAGAAGGGAAAGAAGCACGCACGCCACUGUGACCAAACCCUAGGCCGGCCGCGAUGCGCAAGGCGAGGCCGCCGCAGCCCCAGCCGCAGCCGUCGCAGCAGUCGCCGGAGAUCCGGUACCGCGGCGUGCGGAAGCGCCCCUCGGGCCGCUACGCCGCCGAGAUCCGGGACCCGGCCAAGAAGACGCCGAUCUGGCUCGGCACCUUCGACUGCGCCGAGGACGCCGCCCGCGCCUACGACUCCGCCGCCCGAUCCCUCCGCGGGCCCACCGCCCGCACCAACUUCCCGCCCUCCUCCGCCACGCAGCCGCCGCCGCGCCCUCCCCCUCCCCCCGCGGCGGCCGCCGCGACCGCCACGACCAGCCAGAGCAGCACCGUCGAGUCCUGGAGCGGCGGCGGGCCCCGCGCCCCCGCCAGGGCCCGCAGCGCCGCCCGAGCGGGCACGGCCGAGGAAGGGGAGGAGGACUGCCGCAGCUACUGCGGCUCCUCCUCCUCCGUCCUCCUCUGCGAGGAUGGGGACGACGCGGCGGCCUCCCGCACCCCGCUGCCCUUCGAUCUGAACAUGCCGCCCCCACAGGACGGGGCCCUUGACGCCGCGGCCGCCGAGGCUGAUCAGAUGACCUGCCGCUACGACACGCUGCUCCGCCUCUAGCUCGACAACGACGACGAGAAUAGCAAGGAUUCGUGGGAGGGGGGACUGGGGAAAGGAACGAGAAAAGCGCUUGCCCCCGCUCCGCUCUGCUCUGGUCCGUCUUCCGAUGAUCUCGUGGUGUUCUCUCUUGCUAGAAAUGGAUAAUUCUUGCCACUUUUUUUCUUACUUUCUUUCCUUCUUCUUUUUUUCUUCUUACCACUUUGAUUUGAUAUGUGAAUAAUUCAGUCAUGUAAGCUGCGAGCAAGGAAAUCUGAGCUUUUCCUUAUCUUUCUCUGUGGUAUUUCAAGAGUGAUUUGCUGCUGUUGUUGUUUCAUUAAUUGGAAAAGGGUAAUCGAAGGAAUGAAGAAAAAGUAUUUGACAGA